AUAAUAAUAGCAUAGGAUUCUAAUUCUAUCCUUGAAAGAAAAACCUUUGAAUUUUACACGACAGAGCAUGGAGUCAGUUAAAAACUAGAGUAAAAACACAAGCUUAGCUGCCGCCAGUUCCUGUUCUGUAUCUAAGUAUACUACAACUGCACGUCUGCAAGUACUAAUCAAUGGCUUCCUUUGCUAUUUCUUCAUCUUUUAUCAAUCAGGAAGAUGUGGGCUUUCGUUGUUUUACACCAAAGUGUUGCAAAAGAAUUUCAAAGAGGAUUGUGUCUGUUAUGGCCCCUCAACAGUCUCAAAGAACCCCAUCUACCACUGGCUCAGUUAAGACUGGAAUGACUAUGACAGAGAAGAUAUUGGCCAGAGCUUCUGAGAAAUCCCAAUUGAGGCCUGGUGAAAAUGUGUGGGUUGAUGUUGAUAUUUUGAUGACUCAUGAUGUUUGUGGCCCUAGUUCUUUCGAUGUUUUCAAGAAGGAGUUUGGACAGAACGCUAAGGUCUGGGACCGUGAGAAGAUUGUUAUUAUACCUGAUCACUACAUAUUUACCAAAGAUGAGCGAGCUAAUCGAAAUGUUGAUAUCUUGAGAGAUUAUUGCACUGAGCAAGAUAUCAAGUAUUUCUAUGAUAUUAAAGAUCUAGGCAAUUUCAAGGCUAACCCAGAUUAUAAGGGUGUAUGCCAUGUUGCUCUUGCUCAAGAAGGUCACUGCAGGCCUGGGGAGGUCCUGCUAGGAACAGAUUCUCACACAUGUACUGCAGGCGCAUUUGGCCAGUUUGCAACCGGUAUUGGUAUUACUGAUGCUGGUUUUGUACUGGGCACAGGAAAGCUUUUGCUUAAGGUACCGCCAACUUUGAGAUUUGUUAUGGAUGGUGAAAUGCCAGACUACUUGCUUGCCAAAGAUUUGAUUUUGCAAAUUAUUGGUGAAAUUUCCGUCUCUGGUGCAACUUAUAAGUCAAUGGAGUUUGUUGGAUCUACUGUAGAAAGCUUAAGUAUGGAGGAGAGGAUGACUUUAUGCAACAUGGUUAUUGAAGCUGGUGGGAAGAAUGGCGUUAUACCAGCUGAUGCUACUACUUACAAAUACCUUGAGGACAAAACAUCUUUGCCCUACGAACCACUUUACAGUGACGAGCAAGCAAGAUUUCUUUCCGAGUACAGAUUUGAUAUCUCGAAGCUGGAGCCGCUGGUAGCAAAGCCUCAUUCACCUGAUAAUCGGGCAUUAGCAAGAGAAUGCAAAGAUGUCAAAAUCGACAGAGUUUACAUUGGAUCUUGUACUGGUGGAAAAACUGAGGAUUUCAUAGCUGCAGCCAAAGUUUUUCUAGCUUCAGGUAAAAAGGUGAAAGUUCCCACAUUUUUGGUCCCUGCUACCCAGAAGGUCUGGAUAGACGUGUAUAGCCUUCCAGUGCCAGGGUCUGGUGGGAAGACUUGUUCUCAGAUUUUUGAAGAAGCAGGUUGCGAUACGCCUGCAAGUCCUAAUUGUGGUGCUUGUUUGGGUGGUCCAAAAGACACUUAUGCACGCAUGAAUGAAGCGCAGGUCUGUGUCUCUACAACAAACAGGAAUUUCCAUGGUCGCAUGGGUCACAAGGACGGUCAGAUCUAUCUAGCUUCUCCUUAUACUGCUGCAGCAUCAGCAUUGACAGGCUAUGUAGCUGAUCCGAGAGAGUUUCUGCAGUAGGUUGCUGAUGUGCAUCUACAAUGGUUAGUCAGGAACUUUUGUUUUAUUAGUUUAGAGUAUUGUAGAUUAUAACUGUCAUUUCUGUUUGUGAUAAGGUGAUAAGAACACUGGCCAUUGUAAUAUCUGAACUCUGAAAUAUUCAAGCUAAAAGCUUGGAUAAAAGAUAUUUCUGUUAACCUUUUGUAUUUCUCAAUAAGAUGAACAAGGAGCUGGUGUUGGUGUUA